UCGCACUAGUAUAGAAAUUUGAAGGUUUAGGAAUGAAGUACAAAUCAACAUUAUGGAAUCCAGAUGGGGCAACUUCUAGUAUUCGCAAAUGGAGCUGUAUGUUAACAAUAACACUGUUGUCUUUUGUUACUCAAUUCUCUUCGGUUGAUGGUGGGUGUAUGGACACUGGAAUAUGUUGCCCAGGACGAAAUAACUCCUGUCGAUUCACCCUCCAGUUACAGACCUGUUAUUGUGAUGAGUUUUGUAGCAAGUCAGAAGACUGUUGUGACGAUUACGAUUAUUUCUGCAGAAAACAGGAUUGUGUUCUGACGUACUGGACUGAAUGGAGCGAAUGUUCUGGUAGAUGCAGCAAAGGAAGACAAGAAAGAACACGUUCAAUACAUAUACCUGCCUCAAGUGGAGGGGAACCUUGCGGACGUCGUUCGCAAGUUCGAACUUGUUACGAUACCUCCCGUAGCUGCCAAAAGAAAGAAGUUGCACUGUUGCUGCCAACCUAUUACAAAUCGUAUCGAAAUCGUCCGAAUAAAUAUUUCACAAUAGAAAACGUUAAACGACCAAGCUACUGUAUUCGUUACUACCUCAAGUACAUAUCACCAUAUUGCCGAUAUAAUACACCUUGGCAUAUGAUGAAUGUGGGAGAUCUUGUAUGCGUGGAAUGCGACGAUAUUGCAAUGAAUAAAGAAGGCUUUUGCAAAGGCGCUAACACAAAAUCAUCUGGAAGCUGGAGAGGAAUUGCCACACAAAACUGCUACGGAACAUGGAAGGUAGAAAGUGGUAUUGAAGAAAAUUGUGAAUGUGGUCAUAAGCACGGAUAUGAUUUUUUAUAUGUUUGAUUUAUGGACAUACGGCAACUUGUACACCUCACUUUUCAAUACCGUGUAGCACCACAUGUAACCAAUCCAGAAACACAAAUAUCACUUCGUGGUGAUUAAUAAUAAAUUGUAAAAUACAUUUUGCAUUCAAAACUUUGAAAAUCCCAAUAUACACAUUCAUUUUCAUAUGAUGCAGUAUUAUCCAAAUAUUGUAAUAUAUAUCUAGUACAAAUGUCGAUGAGAAAACCAUUAAUUCAUGUUAUCAUUCAAUGAGUACAUAUACAAAUACAUUUAAAAAGCAUCA